UAUUGCAGUUGGCAGGAAUGUAAUAAUUAAUUAAGGUGAUUUUAAAUACGUAGUUCAUAUAACAAAAUGGCAGCAAAUAGUCCAGACAACGCAAGAAAUUCUACUGGGUAUAUGUUGCCAAUCGAGAUGACACACAAACCACAAAUAAGCCAAACAAAGGAAGACAACGAUGUCUACACAACAUUGGAUGAAACAAUAGAUGCUUAUUCCAACAGAAAAGUUACAAAUAGGAGUCAACCUGAGGAGAGGGUGAUAUUAAAGAAAGGAUCAUCCAACAAAAGAGGGAUGUUGAUUGUAAUAGCCGUGAUAGUGAUUCUGAUUCUGCUAGGAGUGUGUUUAGUAACAGGAAUGGCAGUUGGAGGAUUCUUCAAUGGAGAUCAAGAAGGUAUACUGGAUGGCUUGACUGGAGAUAUAACUGGUCUAAACAAGGAGCUGGUUAAGCUGAACAAUCAGACAAAUCUUAUACUAGAUAAGCUUGAACAUAAUCUAGCUAACCAAAGCAAAGCCCAAGAAGAUACCAAGAUCGAUAUACCAGAUCCUGAAACGGAUGUGUCCAAUCCAGACACCAGAAAUGUUCCAGUCGGGAAGGAUUGCUUGGGACAAAGCAAUGGUUUGAUCAUUGUACAGACAAGAGAAAACAGACGAUUUGUAGCUCGAUGCGAAGAUGAAUGGCUUAUCAUAGCCAAUAGGUUUGACGGAAGUCAGAGUUUUGAACUCCUUUGGAAUUCAUAUAAAAAUGGAUUUGGGAAUAUUCUUGGGGAAUACUUCCUUGGCUUGGAUAAUAUAGUGUCAAUGUUGCAGCAGAAACGAUAUAAAGCUAGAUUUGAACUGACAAGAUGGGACAAUGAGACUGAGACGUCAGCAGGAGAGGUAAGAUACGCUGAAUAUACCACUUUUGAUAUCAGAGAUGAGACGGAUAAAUACAGGUUAAAUAUUGAUGGCUAUACAGGCACUGCAGGGGACUCGAUGAGUGCAAGCAAUCAUAUGCAGUUCACAACAAAGGAUAAUGAUAAUGACAAAUCAUCAGGUAACUGUGCAGUGUACCAUUUAGGCCCAUGGUGGUAUGGGGCCUGUGGGGGACAGGGUAGCGUGUUUGGGACAUACUCAGAUGGACCCAUAUGUAUCUCUGGAGAAUAUGACUGUGUAACUUGGUAUGAAUGGCCAGAAAACCUAAUAGUAAACAAAACAAAUGAAGCAUCCUCUUUCAAAGAGAUGAAAAUUAAGCUGAAACCAUUAUUCUAGACUGACCCAUUCCUCCAUUUUUAUUGUCAUUUUCAAAUUAAAAGUAUUUUCCUUGUAAAAAUCAUGUUUUUUUCAAAAACUCAAUUCAUAACAUUUGCAGAAGUCAUGUUGACCAUGUUCCUACCAUAUGUGGCACUGAGUGACUCUGGCAUUGAAGUUAAAGUUUACACAUUUAUGUAUUUAUUCAAGAUUUAUGCUCAUAUCCUACUCUUACAUAAAGAAUUAUUUGGUGAAUAUUCAACAAGGAUACAUUCGGGAUAAACCAAGUAUUUUAUACUAUAUUUAAAACAUUUUUAGUUUAAUUCAUGAAAUAGAUUUUAGGUGGGCACAGGUGGGAUGAUUUUUGGACUUAUUUGAGACAUAAUUUGUUGUUAGCAUCCAUGUUCAGAUCUCUCAAGGACCAAAUCAUUGUAAGAAACUAUCUGUAAAAAUGUUCCUUGGCAUCACCAAAAGGGGGAAAUAAUCACAAAUCACUUGAUCUUAAUUACAUGGAAAGAUGAUCCUCAUUUCCAUUGGUCUACAUCUGGGAUCAAGGUAUUAUGAGUGCUUAUUCCCUCCUCUUGUCACCAUACAAAUGAGAACAUAGAUAUACUUCAAAUACGAAAAAGACAAAUGCCAGGGGAGUGAGGUGGAGCUGAAAAGCUUCUCCUUGAGGAGACAAUUGCAUGGGAUAUACAGUAGUUGAUGUGGCUACUUACUAAAGCAAAAUGACAUCUCAUAGUCUCACAUAACACACUUACUAGUGAAGUACAGAUAUCUUAUGCCUUUUGUCUCAGUUUUACUAUGUCUCUUCUCAAGUCAACAUCAGGCCCGUAGCCAAGGGGGGGUUAGAAUCAUGCAGUUUUUUCAUUCUGAGUGAUUUCGGCUAUUUUUCAGGGCAAAGUUAUUGAAAGUGAACACCCCUGGAAAUUUUCAAAAAGUGAACCCCCCCCCCUUUGCAAAUCCUGACUACGGGCCUGAAUAUAUUAUACAUAUAUGUAUUUGGAUUAUGUUAAUCAUUUACUUUUAUUCUGCAGUUGUCACUUUAAAAAUAUAAUGCAUAGAGA